AGUAGCCAAUGUAUGGAGCAUGAGUCCCUAAUGUAAUGUGAAUAUCGCUACAAUCAGGUGAAGUACCACUUAUACCACUGUAAUCAUCAGCCUCCUCCUCCACCCAUUUCCCUGAGUUAAACCCGGACCAGUUCCCUGGAGUUCCGCUUAUCCACAGUAAUGUCACUGCCUUGAGGGAAAGGCAUGAGAUAUCAUCUUGCGCGCAUAACUAGGAUUAUAUGCUGUUACCAAUAUGUUGCGAGUUGUUGUGGAAUGUGCCAAAGGACUUCCUAAAAAGAAACUUGGUUCCCCCGAUCCCAUUACGUCAAUAUGUUUUAAAGGAGAAAAGAAGAAGACCAAAUCAAUUAACAAUGAACUGAAUCCAGUUUGGAAUGAAGUUCUCGAGUUUGAUUUAAAGGGUGCUCCACUUGAUACCACUGCCUUCAUCGAUGUCAUCGUUAAGGACUAUGAAACAAUUGGCAAAGACAAAUUCCUUGGCUCAGCCAAGGUGUCCUUGAGAGACCUAGCCAGUGGCCAGGUCAGAUCUCUUCCUUCCAAAAACUUAGCGCUUUCCAGUGAGAGUGGCCAAAACAUUGGGGCGACUAUUGAUCUUACGAUUGGAUACGAACCUCCUGCCAAUGCCCCGCCCAACCCUAAUGAGCAGAAGGAUGGAGACCUCAGUGCUGGAGAUGCAGAUGUGGGUGUUGACGGGGAUGAGACCCAGUUGGACGGCCCACAGGCUGGAAGCCCCGGGGAAACCUCAGUCCUGCCCCAUCAGAACAUCUUCAGGAAGGCCCGCAAACGCCAGCGGGCCCUGGUCAACAAGCCUCAAGACUUCCAGAUUCGCUUCCGAGUCAUAGAGGGUCGCCAGUUGCCAGGGAAUAACAUCAAACCCGUUGUCAAAGUGAACCUCUGUGGCGACACACAUCGGACAAGAAUCAAAAGGGGCAACAACCCAUUCUUUGAUGAGAUGUUCUUCUACAAUGUCCACAUGUUGCCGUCCGAUCUCUUUGAUCAGUACAUCAGCAUACGGGUGUAUGACUCAUCGUCCUUGAGGGCAGACAGUCUUAUGGGCGAGUUCAAGGUUGAUGUCGGCUUUGUCUAUGAUGAGCCAGCUCACUGCAUCUUGAGGAAGUGGUUGCUGCUGAAUGACCCUGAUGACUCCAGCUCUGGGGCCAAGGGCUACCUCAAAGUCAGCAUCUUCGUCGUGGGCACCGGGGAUGAACCACCGGUGGAGAAGCGGGAGCGUGACAGCGACCAGGAUGACAUCGAGAGCAACCUGCUUCUGCCGGCCGGACUGACCCUGCGCUGGGUCACCCUCAAGCUCAAAGUGUUCAGAGCAGAGGACAUCCCUCAGAUGGACGAUGCUUUUGCCCAGUCUGUCAAGGAGCUCUUUGGCGGUGAGGGGAACAAGAAGAAUCUCGUGGACCCGUUUGUUGAAGCAUGGUUUGCUGGGAAAAAGCUGUGCACUCAGAUCAUAGAGAAGAAUGCCAACCCAGAAUGGAACGAAAUGCUCAAUCUGCAAGUCAAGUUCCCAUCUAUGUGUGAAAGAAUCAAACUGACCAUCUUUGACUGGGAUCGUCUUACAAGAAACGAUGCAGUUGGCACCACCUACCUGAACUUGGCCAAAAUAGCGUCCUCUGGUGGUGAAGUGGAAGAUGAAAACUCAGAGUAUGGGGCUUUAUCACCACAUGAAGUGCAAUCUGGCGAGUCGGAGGUGGGCUUCCUCCCCACGUUUGGCCCCUGCUAUGUCAACUUCUACGGAAGUCCCAGAGAGUUCACCGGGCUGCCUGACCCCUAUGAUGACCUCAACCUCGGGAAGGGUGAAGGUGUGGCAUACAGAGGGAGAGUGCUUGUUGAGUUGUCCACUCAACUGGAGGGAAAAGUGGACAGAGAGAUAGACAAAAUAUCCAGUGAUGACAUCUUGGUUGUUCAGAAAUACCAACGCAGGAGGAAGUACAGCCUCUGUGCAGUGUUCCACGGGGCCUGCAUGAUCCAGGAACCCGGCGAGCCUAUCCAGUUUGAGGUCAGCAUCGGUAACUAUGGCAACAAGCUGGACUCCACCUGCAAGCCCCUGGCGUCCACCACCCAGUACAGCUGUGCUGUUUUUGAUGGGAAUCACUACUACUACCUUCCCUGGGCUGACACCAAGCCUGUGGUUGUCCUCACCUCUUUCUGGGAAGACAUCAGCCACAGGCUGGGUGCAGUGAACAUAAUCAUCUACAUUGCUAACAGGCUGGAAGAGAACAUUGAUGCUCUGAAGAUAGGUAUUGAUGCCAAGGUCCCAGACAACCGUUUGGAUGAGAUCUGGGUGAAGCUUGUUAACCAGCUGGUGGAUGACCUGAGCAGUCUCCAGUUACCGGAACUGGAGGGGAUGAGCAACCUGACGACACUGGACAUCCAGAUCAGGAAGCUGCGUGCCCAGUCCAUGGGGAUGAUGAAGGAGUGUGCCCAGAGGAUGCUGCAGGAGGCCUCCGACAUCCGGGACACGCUGGGCACCAUCGAGGGCUGGCUGGAAAAACUCAAGGAGCUCGCAGAAGAGCCCCAGAACAGCAUGCCUGACAUCAUCAUCUGGAUGCUGCGCGGUCAGAAGAGAGUGGCCUAUGCUCGAAUCCCUGCCCACGAGGUGCUUUACUCCACCCAGAGCGAGGAGGCAUGUGGACAGCACUGCGGGAAGACCCACAACAUCUUUCUCAAGUACCCCAUGGACAAAAACAAAGGUCAGAAGGUCCCGGUGCAGGUGCGCUUGAACAUGUGGUUGGGCCUGUCUGCUGAUGAGAAGAAGUUUAACGCCUUCGCUGAGGGAACGUACAGUGUGUUUGCAGAGCUGUAUGAGAACCAGGCGGAGGUGUUUGGCAAGUGGGGGACAACAGGCCUGUUGACACGGCCCAAGUUCUCUGAUGUGACGGGCAGAAUUAAGGUGAAGCAGGAGUACUUUAUGCCCCCUAAAGGAUGGGAGUGGGAAGCAGAUUGGUUCAUCGACCCAGAGAGGAGUCUUCUGACGGAGGCUGACGCGGGACACACAGAGUUUCUGGACGAGGUGUUUGAGAAUGAAACCCGUCUCCCAGGGAGAGAGUGGAAGCCUGCGUCUGAGCCCUACACAGACGUGAACGGGGAGAAGGCCCAGAGUCCGGCUGAGAUUGAGUGUCCAUCUGGCUGGGCGUGGGAGGACGCCUGGAGCUUUGACAUCAAUCGAGCUGUGGAUGAGAAAGGAUGGGAGUAUGGCAUCACCAUCCCUCCAGAUGACAAGCCCAAGUCCUGGGUGCCUGCUGAGAAGAUGUACCAUGUGCACCGGCGGAAGAGGUUGAUCCGGCCCAGGAAGAGGGUAGCUGCUGGGACCUCUACUGAGAGGAGAGAUGUUGGAGAUCCAGAGGGCUGGGAAUACACCUCUCUGAUUGGCUGGAAGUUCCACAAGAAGGAGCGCUCGUCAGACACAUUCCGCCGACGGCGAUGGAGGAGGAAGAUGGCUCCUGCCAACCGUGUUGGAGCGUCAGCCAUCUUCAACCUGGAGGGGGCACUGAGCAUAGAUCAUGAGGACAAGGGCUCUAAGGAAGCCAGCAAAGCAUUCGGUGCCAACACUCCCACUGUCUCCUGUACAUUUGACCGAGCCUCUGUCUAUCACCUGCGAGUGUAUGUUUACCAGGCCAGGAACCUCAUGGCCUUGGACAAAGACAGCUUCUCUGAUCCUUACACGCACGUGUCCUUCUUGCACAUGAGCAAAACUACGGAGACGGUGAAGUCCUCCCUGAACCCGACGUGGGACCAGACUCUGAUCUUCAACAGUGUGGAGGUCUACGGAGACCCGCAGGCCCUGCAGCACAACCCUCCCCCCGUGGUGCUGGAGAUCUACGACAAAGACCAAGUGGGGAAGGAUGAGCUGCUGGGCAGGAGCCUGUGCAAGCCCCUGGUGAAGCUGCACCCAGGCAUGGACGGCUCCCCCAAACUACUCUGGAAGCCAGUCAUGCAGAAGGGAGAGCACGUAGGGGACAUCCUGGUCUCCGCAGAGCUCAUUCUGAAGGAUAAGGGCAAUGACACAGACCUGCCCCUGGUCCCUCCUAAGAGGGGGGAGAAGCUGUACAUGGUGCCCCAGGGUGUGAGGCCUGUGGUCCAGCUCACUGCCAUUGAGAUUUUGGCGUGGGGAUUACGUAACAUGAAGGCGUACCAGCUAGCCAGCGUGUCGUCUCCCAGUCUGGUGGUGGAGUGCGGGGGCGAGGUGGUCCACUCCGCCACCAUCAAGAACAUGAAGAAGAGCCCCAACUUCCCAGUCUCCGUCCUCUUCCUCAAAGUGCUCCUUCCCAAAGAGGAGAUGUACACGCCCCCCAUUGUGCUGAAAGUCAUCGACCACCGGCCAUUUGGCAGGAAGCCUGUGGUGGGCCAGUGCACCAUCGUGUCCCUGGAGGGGUUCCGCUGUGACCCCUUCGAAAUCAGAUCCGAUAUGUCCAUGACCUCCAAAAUGGCUUUGAUGGCGUCUCCUCCUCGUGACCUUGCUAUAAAUAUGGAUGACAGCAGACCACUACUGGCAGCAGAGCGUGUGGAGAAGGAAAAAGAGGUGGUUGACUGGUGGAGUAAAUUCUACGCCUCCAUUGGACAGCAUGAGAAGUGCGGCCCCUACAGUCAGAAGGGAUAUGACACUCUCAAAGUGUAUGACAAGGAACUGGAGAAAAUUGAGGAGUUCAAGGGGCUAACAGAUUUCUGUAGCACCUUCCAGCUGCUAAGGGGCAAGAAUGAACAUGGGGAAAAUGACCCCUCAGUUGUUGGAGAAUUCAAGGGCUCGUUUAAGGUGUACCCCCUCUCUGAUGACCCUGGGGUCACCCCCCCACCCCGGCAGUUUCGGGAGCUCCCGGAGAGUGGGCCCCAGGAGUGCCUGGUGCGGAUCUAUGUGGUGCAGGCUUUGGACCUCCAGCCCAAAGACAACAAUGGCCGGUGUGAUCCAUAUAUAAAGUUAUCUUUGGGAAGGAAGACUAUUGAUGACCGGGACAACUAUUUACCAAACACCACAAGCCCUGUGUUUGGAAGGAUGUUUGAGCUAUCAUGCUUCCUCCCACAAGACAAAGACCUGAAGAUUUCUGUCUAUGAUUAUGACCUGUUGACCCGAGAUGAAAAAGUCGGAGAGACGGUGAUCGACUUGGAAAACCGCUUCCUCUCUCGUUUUGGUUCCUACUGUGGUUUGCCUCAGACCUACUGCAUCUCUGGCAUUAACCAGUGGAGGGACCAGCUGAAGCCCUCUCAGAUCCUCCAGAAUCUGGCCCGGCUCAAGGGCAUCUCUCCGCCCCGGACUGAGGACAACGGAAACACAUUGCACUUCGCUGGAAAACAGCACAGCUUGGAAGAAUUUGAGGCGAACAAGGUGAUGCACCAGCACUUGGGUCCACCUGCUGAGCGCAUUGCACUGCAUGUGCUUAGAACUCAUGGCCUAGUUCCAGAACACGUGGAGACCAGAACCCUCUACAGCAGCUUCCAGCCCACUCUCUCUCAGGGGAGUCUUCAAAUGUGGGUGGACAUUUUCCCCAAAAGCUUAGGCCUUCCAGGACCUCCCUUUGAGAUCUCCCCCCGCAAGGCCCAAAAACAUUUCCUGCGUGUCGUUGUCUGGAACACCACCGAUGUGAUUCUGGAUGAGACAAGUGUUACAGGGGAGAGGAUGAGCGACAUCUAUGUCAAAGGCUGGAUGCCAGGCAUGGAGGAUGACAAGCAGAAGACUGAUGUGCACUAUCGCUCCCUGGAUGGAGACGGCAACUUCAACUGGAGAUAUGUGUUUCCCUUUGAGUACCUGCCUGCUGAACAGCUGUGCCUUGUCUCUAAAAAGGAACACUUUUGGAGUCUUGACAAGACUGAGUUUAGGAUACCGCCUAAGCUGAUCAUUCAGAUAUGGGAUAAUGACAAAUUUUCACUGGAUGACUACCUUGGUUCCGUUGAACUUGACUUGCAUAACCUCAUAGCACCAACAAAGAUGUCACACAAGUGCAGUAUUGACAUGCUGUCAAAAGAGGGUGAAAUUCCUCACCAGAAGUGGGAUGUGACCAAGUCACUCUUCCACCAGAAGGCUGUUAGAGGGUGGUGGCCCUGUGUGGUUGAGAAGGAUGGCAAAAAAGAGCUUGGUGGGAAGGUGGAGUUGUCUCUGGAGAUAGUGUCUGAAACUGAGGCAGACGAAAGACCGGCAGGAAAAGGCCGCGAUGACCCAAACAUGCACCCAAAACUGGACCCACCAAACCGUCCUGAAACAUCCUUCUUCUGGUUCACUAAUCCAUGUAAGACCAUGAAGUUCAUUGUGUGGCGAAGGUUUAAAUGGUUGUUCAUUGGGCUGAUCCUGCUCAUCGUGGUCUUGCUCUUCAUUGGAAUCCUGCUGUAUUCACUUCCGAACUACAUUUCAAUGAAGAUUGUGAAGCCGUUUUCAGCAAGAUGACCUGUUCCAGAUGAGGAACCAAAGAAUUUGAAGCCGUCAUAAAAUUGAAAGCACUAACUGCCGACUUUUUUUUUUUUUUUUUUUAACUGUUUUAUGGAAUGCUUGUAUUUUAACGAACAUUUGUCUGCAGAUCUUUAUAAAAUAUGUCACUUCAGUGGUUUUAAAUGUUCUAUAUUCAAUUACAUUAUGUCACAUCCUUUUAAUGGUCUCAUGCUGGUUCUUACACAUCUGUCUGUUAAGGUUAAGGAAAGUUUGAGUACUUUUUUUCCAGUUUUGCACUUUGAAAUGUUGUUUCAUACUUUUAUAUAUGGAAUUAUAUGUGGGCCUAAUGAAAUAAAUGAAUAAUUAAAAUA